AUGUCAAUAGCGCCGUUCACAUUAGGGCGUCCCGACGGUACGUUACGUAAAAGUGUGGGCUCCGACACUUUUACCGUACGUCCAGUCACGAUUUCUGUCGGAUCGGACAUAAUAUUGGCGUACUACCAAGUAUGGCACCGUUCACAUAUGUCGGCGCGAAGCGGCGGCGACACCCGCCUGCCAACCUCCCACCCGCCCUUACCCUGCUCUCGGCACUCGCGCAAGCAGUUUCGUCGACGUGUAUGCAGAGAAGACACGUUUCGACCGUACCGACAGUUCGCGUUGGCGGCGUCUAGUGUGAACAGCAACACCCGGCAGUCGGUGAACGGCAAACUGUUGGUCCGACCUAAUGUGAACCAGCUCUGA